UUCUUAGCGCCCAUCUUUGCCUGAUUUUCUACAAACCAGUUCAUGGAAAUGUGACCGAUUGUCCGCGCGCACAAGCGACAGUUUUAUCGUUGUUUUAAAAUCCCCCAGCUGCUGAUACAGUAGAGUAUCACAGACAGUACAGUAUUAUUUAGUCAAGUUAAGUUCCGGUUUCAUUUAAAUUAUCCGGGGGGAGCGCUUGUAGCUGUACGUUAACACCCAGGCAGUGCUACAUUAGCCGGGGCGGGCGGACAGGAACCUGAAAACCGGUUCUCACCCAAACCCACAGGCUGAUACACCAGCCUCUCGCUACACACACACGCCGAGAUGGCUGCUAAUCCUCCCGGACAAGCCUUCCCAAACAAAACACGGGUUGCGAUCCUGGCCGAGCUGGAGAAGGAGCGGAGGCGGCUGAUGCAGAAUCCGUCCAUGAACACACCCGGAGCCAGGCUGAGUCUGAAGGAUUUCAGGGACAACGCAGAACAGCAGCACUUCGCUGCCCAGCAGAAGGCCGCUCUGCAGCAUGCACACGCGCACUCAUCGGGCUUCUUCAUCACUCAAGACUCCUCUUUCGGAAACCUCAUCCUCCCCGUCCUUCCGCGCCUGGAGCCCGAGCCGUCGUGACCUUUUACCCCCCCCGAUCUGACUCCAGCGCUGCCCGGGACAAAGAUUUGAAAGACAAUAUGUCCUCAUCAUAGCCACCCUCGUCUCUCCCACUCUCCUCUUUUAAGUCUGUGAUUGAUGGACAGUUGCUCAUCAUGUUGUAAACCAUCUCAGGGGAAAUCGAAUCCAUCAUUUUUACAUUUUCCAGACUAACAAGCUGGCUGCUUGAUUUUUAGAGAAGCUUUCGAAUCAUGUCGGAACAUCAUGCGAGGUCACCCAGAGGCCUCGAGACAAACUCUAAAUGUUAUCCCGCUCUCAAAUCAUAACUUUCCAUAAAAAGUACAUUUUACAAUUGAUUUGUAUCGAUAUUUGGAUAAUAAAAAUGGUUAAACGUA